AUGGGUCCUUUACAACGAAUUGUCAAUCUGCCUAAAGAAGCCUUCAAUUGGCUAGGCUGGGGUGUUAAAACUCCGAUUUACAUGGAUUUACAAGCAACCACACCAACCGAUCCCCGCGUUGUAGCUAAGAUGCUUCCUUAUUUCAAUCAGAAAUUUGGAAAUCCACACAGUCGCACCCAUGAAGUCGGUUGGGCUGCUGAAAAGGCCGUAGAAGAAGCCCGGAGUAAGAUAGCCAAGCUAAUCAAUGCAGAUCCACAAGAAAUCAUAUUUACUAGUGGUGCCACCGAAAGUAACAAUCUAGCUAUUAAAGGAGUUGCUCGUUUCUACAAGCAACAAGUAGAAGGUACACCGCAUAUUAUUACAACGCAAAUAGAGCAUAAAUGUGUAAUUGAUACGUGCCGAGAUCUAGAAAUGGAAGGUUUUGAAGUGACUUAUCUACCGGUUGAUAAGGACGGCCAAGUAAGUCCAGAAGAUCUUAAGCAAGCUAUUAAGAAAGAAACAAUUCUGGCCAGUAUUAUGGCUGUUAAUAAUGAAGUAGGUACAAUUGCGCCCUUAAAGGAAAUAGGUCAAAUCUGCCGUGAGAAUAAUGUAUUCUUCCAUACUGAUGCUGCUCAGGCCGUAGGUAAGAUUCCUCUUGAUGUGCGAGAUAUGAAUAUUUCACUGAUGAGUAUUUCUGGACAUAAGAUAUACGGUCCUAUGGGUAGUGGUGCUUUAUUCGUCUCCCGGAAGGCUCCACGGCCUAAGCUACAGCCAUUAUUCAGUGGUGGAGGCCAGGAAAGAGGUAUGCGUAGUGGGACUUUAGCUACACCAUUGAUUGUUGGUUUAGGAGAGGCUUGUGAUAUUGCUCGAGUGCAAAUGGCCCAAGAUAAAGAUAAGAUAGAGCGAUUAUCAGCUCGUUUAUUUGGUGGCUUGCAGAAGAACAUUCCGGGAAUUAGAAGGAAUGGAGGUCGGAAUGUCUUUCCGGGUUGUGUGAACAUUUCGUUUCCGUAUGUUGAAGGUGAGUCCUUGUUGAUGGCUUUGCCUGAUAUUGCUUUAAGUAGUGGUAGUGCCUGUACAUCGGCCUCUUUAGAACCAUCUUAUGUACUGAAGGCUUUGGGUGUAUCUGAGGAUUUGGCCCACUCUUCCUUACGGUUUGGAAUAGGCCGGUUUACUACGGAGAAAGAGGUGGACUAUGUGGUUAAGAAGGUUUCUGAUAAGGUCAAGAAGUUACAAGAACUAUCACCAUUAUUUGAGAUGGCCGAAGAAGGAAUUGACUUGAACUCGAUUGAAUGGGCCGAGCACUAG